UUACUAUUUCAUAAACAUGGGGACGCGUAUAUUCAAGUGGUGCUUGUUAUUGGGGCUUUUGGGAGGCGCAAACUGUUUCGUCACCACUAUGUCUGAAUCCUAUGACACAAUAGUGGUAGGUUUGGGUUCUGCAGGAUGUACGGCUGCGUCUACACUAGCUAAAGCUGGUAAGAAGGUACUCGGCUUAGAAGCUGACAACAGGAUAGGAGGGAGAGUCAAGACUGUGCCUUUUGGGGAUGGGGUCGUUGAAGUCGGAGCUGAAUGGAUACACGGAACAGUAGGUUCUCGAAUCUACGAGAGUGCGGUCAAAAACAACAUCACUGUGCUGCCUCAAGAUUUGGACUUCGAGGUGUACAUGUCGGACGGCAGCACUGGUGAUGUAGAGUUGGUGAACGAUUUAAUGUCCUUCUGCCUUGAUAUUGUUGAACAUCCGCCGGAAAAACCCGAGGCGUUAGGGCAUUUUGUUACUAGAAAAUUAAUGGACUACAUUAAAGAAAAACACCCACAUGUCCUAAACGACAAGGACUUCCUAGCUGAAUUUCUAGAAAUGAUGAACCUCCUCAUGAAUAAUUAUGAAGCCUCAAAUGAUUGGAACGAUGUCAGCGCUCAAACGAAUUACGAAGACCUGGGAGGCCAUAGGCACAUGAGCUGGCACAGACACGGCUACAAGACCUUUUUUGAUAUACUUUUGAACACAUACAACAAUGGCCCAGGCCUACCAACGUUAGACAUUAAAUUAAACAAGGAGGUAACGUUAAUAAAAUGGCCGAGAAAUUCAACAGGACAAGUUGAAGUUAUAUGCAAAGAUGGAGACGUUUACAAAGCUAAUAAUGUCAUAGUUACUGUGUCACUUGGAGUUUUGAAGGAGAGACACUCGAAUCUCUUUUCGCCGCCAUUGCCGCAGGAAAAAAUUAAAGUAAUCGAACAUAUCUCUAUCGGUGUGAUGGACAAAGUAAUAAUAAAUUUCGAGAAGGAAUGGCUACCGAACGGUACAUUCUUCGGUUUUAUAUGGAAGGGCGAAGAUAAGAUAAAAAUUAGUAAAGAUGAUUAUUGGAUGACUAGGAUUUUCGGUGUUUCGACCCCGAUGGGUUCAAAAACUGCUUUAACGUUCUGGACGAGUGGGGAAGUCGGGAAAAUGGUAGAAACAUUACCAGAAGAUGUAGUCAAGAGGAAAGCGAUGGAACUACUCAGGAAGUUCAUGGGUAAAAAUAUGACUAUACCAGAACCAACCGGAAUGAUCAGGUCGACUUGGUAUUCGAAUCCAUACACAAGAGGUAGUUACACAUAUGACAAUAUCUUAGUCCACGAGUAUCCGAACGCGAGAGCUAUUCUCGGGGAACCCCUCGUAGACGAAGCGGGGACUCCCAAAGUGUUAUUUGCGGGUGAAGCGACAGAUCUGACUCACUUCUCUACCGUCCACGGUGCGAGCGACUCCGGUUAUAGGGAAGCUAUGAGAAUAUUACCUGGCAGCAAAAUUUAAAUAAAUAAAUUAUUAGUUUUUUUAUCGUGUGCACAAAGGACGAAAGGUUAUAAA